AGACACCCGCGUGUGGCAUGAAGGCUGAAGGCUGGGGCCGAGCGGUGGACGCUCGCAAAGCAAUAAACAGGCGACCCCGGGUGGAGCCGAAGGCCGCCCGUGGGCUGUGACGUGAGAUCCUCCGGCCAGACUAGCUCCGCGCCGCCGCCGAGUUCAUGCCACAGGGCGCGGGAGGAGGCUCCCUGCUAAGCCACUUCUUCCCGACGGGAUGCCGGACGCCGCAGCCCCUGGCACCUCGGAGACCCCCAUUGUGGGGAGCGCAAAGCCCAGUGCUCUGAGCGAACUGACCCGCUACCGGACCUACAAGCGGCGAUGGUUCUUCCUUCUGGUCGUCUCCUUGCUCAACUGUUCCAAUGCUAUGCUUUGGCUAAGUUUUGCCCCAGUGGCCGACAAAAUUGCUCACUACUUCCAACUCUCCAUGACGCAGAUUAAUUGGUUGUCUCUUAUCUACCUGGUGAUAUCCAUCCCAUUUGGCAUAGUUGCUACAUGGAUUCUGGAUUCUUUUGGACUUAAGUGUUCAAUGAUCCUGUGUGCCUGGUUGAAUGCCAUUGGGAGUGUCAUCCGAUUGUUCCCCGGCUUACGUUUUACGGACAAUUACCAUUUCCUGUGUUUUAUGAUUGGCCAGACCUUCUGCGCUUUGGCUCAGGUCUUGGUCAUCUUCUCUCCAGCCAAACUUGCAGCCUUGUGGUUCCCAGAGCAUCAGCGAGCUACUGCAAACAUGAUUGCAACCAUGUCAAACCCUCUGGGUAUCCUCCUGGCUAAUAUGGGGUCUCCUGCGCUUGUGAAAAAAGAGGAAGAUAUUCCAUUAAUGCUUGGAUUCUACAUCAUCCCAGCUGGUGUUGCCUGCCUCCUCUCCAGUGCCUGCAUUUGGGAAAGCAUCCCUCCUACUCCUCCAUCCAAGGGAGCUGCCACCUCUACCUCAGAGCCUUUUCUUUCAGGGAUGUGGAUUCUCCUUCGGAACAAAGCAUAUGUCAUCCUGGCCCUGUGCUUUGGAGGUGGCAUUGGUUCCUUCACGGCCUUCUCUGCCCUGCUGGAACAGAUCCUCUGUGUGAAAGGCUAUUCCAAUGAAUUUUCUGGCCUCUGUGGUGCUCUCUUCAUUGUGUUUGGGAUUAUUGGUGCUUUUGUCCUUGGCCUCUUUGUGGACAGGACCAAACUGUUCACUGAAGUCACCAAGGUUGGUUUUUGUCUGACUACAUUAGCUACCAUCGCUUUUGCCCUGGUGUCUCAGAUCCAGGGCCAGAAGGGGUGGAUAGCUGUGGUCUGCUCUCUAUUAGGAUUCUUUGGUUUUUCCAUUUGCCCAGUUUCCUUUGAGUUAGCUGUUGAAUGCUCCUAUCCAGUAGGAGAAGGUACCUCCACGGGUUUGGUCUUUGUGAUAGGACAAAUUGAAGGUGUGAUCACCAUGGUCCUGUUACAAGCCCUGACAAUACGGCGCAGUGGCUCUGGCCCCUCCACAUGCCAGCUGCAGGAAGGCACCGUCCUCGACUGGACAAACUCCAUGUUGUUGUUGGCUGGGCUAUCCUGUAUCUACAGCUGCAUCUUCAUUAUUUUCUUCCACACAUCAUAUAAGCGGCUUCAAGCAGAAGCCGACGUUACCUACAAGCCCCACAGGGCUGGAAAGGAUGAGGAAGAUGGAGCUUUGGCUCAGUGACCCAGAUAUACUACAGUCUUAACUUCCUACUACUUCCUAACACUUGUAUCAGACUUCUGGUUUUACAUUUUUUUUCCUCAUGAACAACUUUGGUGAAUUUUUUGGCAGGAAACAUUUUCUGAAAACUG